AUUCGAUCGGACUGAAACCGCAUCUCUAGUUGCUUACUCUCGCCUGCGCCGCAUCGUCUACUUAAAUACCAUAAACCACCAACCCUCAUUUGACCCCCAGUAAACCAACAUCUGUAUCAUGGAUCAAAUCGUUAUUGGCUCAUGGGAUGGCUCGUCAUCCCUUCCUAUCCCUCUCGACAUACUUCUUGAUGUACUUCAGCAUCUUCCUGUCCAAAGCAUCCUGGCACUGCGGCAGACCAGUAAAAGUUUUUACGCCAUCACGCGUCUGCGCAGUCUCUGGGCUCUCCUCCUGCGGACUCAUGUACAGGAGCAAAACCUCCCUAUGCCUCACCUCGACGGGAAAUCACUUGACUGUUUAUCAGCCUUAGAACUCGAACAGCUCACUUGCUAUGCGUUCGCUCUCCGCAGCAACUGGACUAACCCUAAUCCAGAUGCGAAGAGGGAAGCUGAGUUUUACAAGCCCAUCGAACCCGAUUCACGCAUUGUUUUUAUGGAGUUUCUCCCUGGCAGAGGAAAUCGCUGGCUGAUUUCUGUCACGAUGACUGCGCAACCCAGAAAAUAUGUUAUUCAGUGCUGGAACGUUGCUAUCCCGCAACCCGUCUGCGUUGCAGAACUGACACACAUGGAGGGGCCUUAUGGUGGUAUUGUCAUCAACGAUGAUCCCUCUUCUCCAGCCAUAAUAGUGAUGCAGUCAGCGCUAACGGAGAUACUCACCAUCGACUUCGAAGAGGAAGAUCCCGAAUCAGCUUUCGUUCCGCUCAGCACCAUUGAUGGCAUCCGAGAGAUCCACCUACUCAGUGGGAACACACUCGUCACCCGGCGUCCAGGAGACAGCGGAGAAGUGAGCAUAUGGGAUAUCAACGAUCAGCCUCGUGAAAAAAUCCAGUUGGUGAAUCCCUCACUAUUACAGAACGAUCGCUGCCAAGCGAUGCAUCUCCGCGAUGAUUACAUGGUAAUCAUACGCCAACAGACUAUCGAGUUCUACUCGACUGUUCCCAGGCCCAACAUCAUCGCGACACCAGGAGCACCGAUUUCGUACCCACUCGCACAGCACAGCUUCCAAUGGCGCGCAGACACCGUCAAUAUGUCAGAGCAAGUCAGCUGGCACGCUGCGCGCUCGCACCGCCCCUCGCCAAUCAACGUUGUCAUUCGAUUUGGAAGCAUCUAUCCCUGGCCGGUGAACGUCUUGCAUCAUUUCGUGAUCACCCCAAAUCCCGCGUACGUCCCAGGGCGGGAGACUUCUCUCUACAACCUUCCGUACCUGGCGCAGCCCACCCCAAUGAAGACGAUAGGCUCUCCUGUGCGUUUGUUUGCUCCGUCGUCCGUUGCACUUGGACGAUAUGGUACUGCUAUCUGGCUUGAUAGCCACACUGAAGACUGGAUGGGGCCUAGCGACUGCGGACAGCGGCUUGCGGGACACAUGAUGACUACGGAAGAAUCCUUGAAUCGCCCACACGGCUCGCACGCUUCCAUGAUAUUUCGCGUACGAGACGAUGACCUGUGGUGCAAGGUAGCUGUCGAUGAAGAGUCUGGGAGAAUUGCGGUCGGUGAUGUGAACGGUUCGAUCACGCUUUUCGAAUAUUCUUAACAUGAUUUCUUCGUUUGGUUUUAUUAUGAUUACCGUCCUCUUGACAUGGGCAUUCUUCUGCACACUCACGUUUACAUAGAUCAUUUAGCAUGCUUCACCAUUUCUUUUUCU